GAUCAAAUAGUUGAAAUAUAUAUCCCAUCUGUGAAUGUUUCUGAAACCAUAUUUAACACUUGUCCUUUGAUACUGUACAACCACUUGGAUUCGCAGCUCCUUCGUUUUCAUUAUCCAGGAUAUAAUCCCAAAAUCAACUGCACCCCCUACGAAUCGUUUACGACACUACGAAAAGGUCGUGUGUAUCCUACUUCAAAAGCAAAAGGCUAUCAAUGUCAAGCAAGGUGUUUAUACAAUGAUCAUGAUAAAAGCUACAUAUCGACGCCAUGGAUGAAAAUUCCCUCUAAUAAUUCAUUUGAGUGUGAUAUCAUCGAAAGUGAAUGCACCUUUGGAACGUUUUUCAGAAGAACAGAAUCUUAUAUUCACAUGCAAAUCUAUGAGAAAAAC